AUAACGUCUGUAGUCGGAACGAGUUCGAACUAUUCAAUUGUGAGAAAUGUCAAAAAAUUUGGAAAAAUCAAAAUCGGACAUCGCAAAGAAAAAUGGCCACACAUAUUUACAAUGGAUUUUUGCCUUAUUAGCCAAUUGUACUCACUUGGCUUAUGGAUUGGAGUGCGGCUGGAUAUCACCAACAACAAAGACGCUCCAAUCUGAGACUUCUCCUUCUGGCUAUCCCCUCUCAGAUGGACAAAUCGCGGGGGUCGCUAGCUCCAUGAGCACAGCGGCCACGUGCGUUGUUAUAAUGCAUUCUUACAUAGCUGAUAUAUAUGGGAGAAAGAUUAAUAUUAUUAUUAUAGCUUUCUUGGAAGCGUUAUCAUGGAUAAUAAGGAUAUUCUGCACGUCUUUCACGAGCCUCGUCAUAGCGAGAGUCUGCGCUGGGAUAGCUGCAGGUGGUUGCUAUAAUGUUAUACCAAUGUACAUUAAAGAAAUCAGCCGAGAAGACUUAAGAGGAAUUCUAUGCACAUUCUCCAUGGUAUUUCAAAAUGUCGGUGUUUUCAUCAUGUAUUUUAUUGGAGCGUACCUGGACUAUUAUACAGUGAUGUAUGUGAUUGUGGGAUUACCAAUUUUGACUAUGUUGGGCAUGAUAUUGGCACCUGAAUCUCCUGAGUUCCUGGUUAAACAAGGAAAGAUUGAUCAAGCAAUAGAAACAGUCGCAUUUGUAAGAGGUCUUGACAAAGAUGAUACAACUGUUCAGACGAUCGUUGAAGUAAUGGUAAAGGAUGCGGCUCAUUUUAAAUCUCUGCCGAAUCUCACUCUUUUAAGCAUAAUGAAGAACAAAAUCUGGCGUCGUGGUUACAUACUUAUAAUGAUUGCCUUUACUUUUUACGAAAUAAACGGUGCAUUUGCUAUUAUAACUUAUGCAUCUACAGUGAUCAAUUCAACAGGAAUUGAAUUUGAAAUCAGUCCAGAUAUACAAUCACUGAGCUUUCCAGUAGUUAUGAUGACGGGUUCACUGGUCCUCGCUUCUUGCGUUGAAAGAAUUGGAAGAAAAACACUCCUGAUUGGUGCAUACAUCGUAUCAUCGCUUUGCAUGUUCGGUUUAGCAAUUAUAAUUAUCCUGCACAAUCAAGUUGGCGGUGUACCGGGUUGGCUUCCAAUAAUUUUAAUGAUGAUGGUUCUCGCCAUGUACAGUGGAGGUGUUUGUCCAGUGACGUUUUUAAUUUUGACAGAAAUGUUCAAUUUCCAAAUACGUGCAAAAUUGAUGAGCUUAGUCGUAACAUAUGGUUGGUUAUUGACUGCCAUUUUGCUAAAUAUAUAUUUGCCACUAUCGAAUGCGUUAGGAGUUUAUGCUCCAUUCAUAAUCUACGGCUUCUCCAACCUUGGCGGGGUGUUCUUCACAAUAUUUUACCUGACAGAAACUAAAGGCAAAAGCGAUACACAAAUUCUUCAAGAUUUAAUGAGACGGAAAAAGACUGAUAAUGAAAUAUCUUGCAUAGAAUAAAUUAUAUUCUUUUUU